UUGCACAAAACCGGAAUCAAUCCAUCCGCUAGCUGUAUGUUAGACGGCUUUCAGUAAGCGCUAUUAGUAGAAAAAUGAACGCGACAGAGGUAGAUCGUCUUCAGACAGAGCUGCGCUCUCGUAGCGGGCAUGCCGUGGUGUUAGAGUCCGUUUUGUUAAGUGCAGUCCUGUUUAUCAGCUUGUCCGGGAACCUGUUAGUCUUCUCGACCGUUUACCGCAAACAGCGGCUGAGGACAAUCUCCAAUAUGUUCGUGGUUGCGCUUGCGGUUAGCGAUGCCCUCAUGGCGACUCUUUGUAUGCCUUACUCGCUAGCAACACUCGUUCACGGCGAGUGGAUUUUCAGCGAGUCGUUCUGCCGCGCUCACGGGUUCUUCGUUUUGACACUCGGCCAGGCGUCGCUACAAACGAUGGCACUCGUCUCUGUGAAUCGAUUCUUCCGUAUCGUCAAGACUGUGCAGUACCGGAGUAAGUUCACGCCUCGCCGCACUCUCGUCUACAUACUAGCCGUGUGGUGUAACGCGCUAGUCGGCUCAACCCCACCUCUAUUCUUCUCCUUUCGUGGUUACGCUUUCCAGCCCGGCAAAGCUAUGUGUCUGUAUAGAUUUGAAGCCAACAUUCCUUACACUGCCUUCAUUGAAGUCGCAUACAUCGGUCUACCGCUAACGCUUAUCACGACUUGCUACAUAGCCGUGCUCAGAGAAGUCAACCGCUCUAACAAAGUUUUCUCCACCCAAGGGAAUGUUAACACCGAGGAACUAUGCGCUCAUGUCAAAGAAUCGAAGAUAACUAAGACACUGAUUGUAGUGUUUAUGUGUUUUGCUGCGUGUUGGAUCCCUGUUACCGUCGUGGAUUAUUUAGACUCUGCUUACGGAGAGCCGACAUUUAAUCGUCGUGUCUAUCUAAUGUACGGCUUUCUAGUUUACAUCUCGAGCAUGUUAAACCCUUUAGUAUACGGGCUUGCCAGUCGGUCAUUCAGACGUGAAUAUAUUGCUAUUAUCAGAGCUAUAUUUUGCUGUCAAAAUUGCAGAGAUAACAUUUCAAAUUUGAGCUCAACAAGGUCGAAUAACACGCACUAGAAGUACAAUUACUUUGAACUUCAGAGAAAAAAUUGUCCAAUGACAAGGAUUUGUACAUCUACUAAGAACACAUUUUGCAUCCAUGUAGAACAAGAACACAAUUAGUAUAAAAUGAUUCAGUUUGUACACUUUCGCAUGGUGCAUAAAUCCUGCAAAAAGGAAAUUGUUACCAAUGAUAAACACCCUGAGAUGUGAAAAUAAAAUAAAAACUUAAUGUUUCUUCAUUU